GACGGGGAGCAGGCUCGGGGCGGCGAGAGGUCCUGCCCAGCUGUUGGCGAGGAGUUUCCUGUUUCCCCCGCGGCGCCCGGGCGAAGUCGUGAGUCACUCGCGCGCCCGGCCCGACGACACUCCGCGCGCGCACCCGCCGGCCGGGCCGGCCUCCCGCGCAGCUCCCCUCGGCCGCCGGGCCCCCCGCGCCUCGCCUACUGCCACCCUCUGCGGCGCCACAUCUGGCCGCACCGCUGCCCCGCGCGGGUCCGCAGGGCGCGGCGCGGAGGCGCGGCGUGCGCGCUCGGGCCGGUCUAUGCGGAGCGGCGGGGGCUGCCAUGGGCCGGGGGCUGCUCGGGGGCCUGUGGCCGCUGCACAUCGUCCUGUGGACACGCAUCGCCAGCACGAUCCCGCCGCACGUUCCCAAGUCGGUUAACAGUGACAUGAUGGUCACUGACGACAAUGGUGCCGUCAAGUUGCCGCAGUUGUGUAAAUUCUGUGAUGUGAGGUUGUCCACCUGUGACAGCCAGAAGUCCUGCUGGAGCAACUGCAGCAUCACGGCCAUCUGUGAGAAGCCGCAAGAGGUCUGCGUGGCUGUCUGGAGAAAGAAUGAUGAGAACAUCACACUGGAGACGGUCUGCCACGACCCCAAGAUCGCCUACCAUGGAUUUGUCCUUGACGACGCUGCUUCUCCAGAGUGUAUUAUGAAGGAAAAGAAGGGGUCUGGAGAGACUUUCUUCAUGUGUUCCUGCAGCUCCGAAGAGUGCAACGACCACAUCAUCUUCUCCGAAGAAUACGCCACCAACAACCCUGACUUGCUGUUGGUCAUCUUCCAAGUGACAGGUGUCAGCCUCCUGCCACCGCUGGGCAUCGCCAUUGCCGUCAUCGUCACCUUCUACUGCUACCGCGUCCACCGGCAGCAGAAGCUGAGCCCGGCCUGGGACUCGGGCAAGCCGCGCAAGCUGAUGGAGUUCAGUGAGCACCUGGCCAUCAUCCUGGAGGAUGACCGCUCCGACAUCAGCUCCACCUGCGCCAAUAACAUCAAUCACAACACGGAGUUGCUGCCCAUUGAGCUGGACACCCUGGUGGGCAAAGGGCGCUUCGCCGAGGUCUACAAGGCCAAGUUGAGGCAGAACACAUCUGAGCAGUUUGAGACCGUGGCCGUCAAGAUCUUCCCCUAUGAAGAAUAUGCCUCCUGGAAGACGGAGAAGGACAUCUUCUCGGACAUCAACCUCAAGCACGAGAACAUCCUGCAGUUCCUGACAGCUGAGGAGCGCAAGACGGAGCUGGGCAAGCAGUACUGGCUGAUCACCGCCUUCCACGCCAAGGGCAACUUGCAGGAGUACCUGACGCGCCACGUCAUCAGCUGGGAGGACCUGCGCAGGCUGGGCGGCUCGCUGGCCCGUGGCAUCGCGCACCUGCACAGCGACCACACACUGUGCGGCCGACCCAAGAUGCCCAUCGUGCACAGGGACCUCAAGAGCUCCAACAUCCUGGUCAAGGGAGACCUCACCUGCUGCCUCUGUGACUUCGGCCUCUCCCUGCGGCUGGACCCCACUCUGUCUGUGGAUGACCUGGCCAACAGUGGGCAGGUGGGAACGGCGAGAUACAUGGCUCCAGAGGUCCUAGAGUCCAGGAUGAAUCUGGAGAAUGUCGAGUCCUUCAAGCAGACAGAUGUCUACUCCAUGGCCCUGGUGCUCUGGGAGAUGACGUCUCGCUGCAGCGCAGUGGGAGAAGUGAAGGAUUAUGAGCCUCCGUUCGGUUCCAAGGUGCGGGAGCAUCCCUGUGUCGAAAGCAUGAAGGACAACGUGUUGAGAGAUCGAGGACGACCCGAAAUCCCUAGCUCCUGGCUCAACCACCAGGGCAUCCAGAUGGUGUGUGAGACGCUGGCCGAGUGCUGGGACCACGACCCCGAGGCCCGGCUCACGGCGCAGUGUGUGGCCGAGCGCUUCAGUGAGCUGGAGCAUCUGGACAGACUCUCGGGCAGGAGCAGUUCGGAGGAGAAGAUUCCCGAAGACGGCUCCCUGAACACUACCAAAUAGCUCUUCCGGCAGCCGGCCGAGUAUGGCUGCCCCUGUGGCCAAAGAACAGAGGCAGCAGGAAGCUGCCCCUGAACGAUGCUUCCUGGAACCCCGGGGCCGCUCCCUCCCCCCCCCCCCCCGAGCUGGGGAGGGGGUGACAGGAAGCGUCCUAUGUCUUUGACUUUGUCAUAGGAUAAGCUGUGUUAGCACUUCCUCAGGAAAUGAGAUUGAUUUUUACAAUAGCCAAUAACAUUUGCACUUUAUUAAUGCCUGUAUAUAAAUAUGGAAUAGCUAUGUUUUAUAUAUAUCUAUAUAUGUCUAUAUCUAUCUAUACAGCCAUACUCUAGAAAGAGGUGAGGAAAAAGAUCAAAUAUGCCCAAGAAAUGGGUUGGAUGGGCGAGCUUGGCACUGAGCACAGAAGGAAGGGCUCUGGGGAAGCCUCAGCACUUGGCAGUCACUUGUGUGCUGGGCCUCUGAGCACACAGGGGUUGGGGGGGCGGGGGGGCGGUCAUUGCCUUCAGACAGAGACUCCAGGUCUCAGAGCCUGCUGUGGCCAAGUUGCACUUGCUUUUGCAAAGUAAUAAUUCCCUGUACUGGGUCCUGUUCUGGCCAUGGAGCUGAUUGGAGUCGCACUGUUUGGGGACCAGACCCUGGGGUCCCCGUGUGCCAUCAUCUCUCCUGGACUUGUCACCGGAGCUUCACGACCCACCUCUGGUUUGUGAACCUCCUUCCUCAGCUAGUUCAGAAAUUUUGCCCCAUUUUAAUUGCUUAAAUGUUUUAAGCCCCAUGUUUUACCUUCACAGGCUACAGAAAAAUCAGGACACAUUUCCCCACCCGUGAAAUUGCCACACCUUCUACUAAUAAGAAAUUGUUAUUUUUUAAAAAAAAUUCCCCCCCAUACCUACGUUACUGUUCCCUGUUUCCUAAAAGGGAACAGGUCUCCCUUCCAGGUUCUUUAUGUUUAGUAUUUUUUAUCACUCUUGGUUUCAGUCUCCAGCUUUCUAUGCAACACUAGUAGGUUCUAUGCUCUGGGCUUCAGGGGACUCGAGCACAUUUCGGCCAAGGGGAAAGUAUUUGAGCAGCACAGCACUACCACAUCAGGAGUCUCCUCAGGCACUCUGAACGUGCGUUUUGCUUGGCCAGCACAGUGUUUAACAAAAUCGAGGCACUUUUUAAAUACUUGGAGAUUUUGCAAAAAAAAAAAAAAAAAAAAAAAUUUGGAUCCUCAAGUAAUUCUAGAGAGCAGGCGGUUUCCAGUUCUCUCUGGUCCACA